GGCAGCUCUCAGAAUUAGAUCAAGCCGGUUCUGGAAGAACCUGUCUCCAGCACUCUCUGCACCUCAAAGAGAGGAGGAUAAGCCCCUCUGUACCCCCGCCACUGCCCUCUGCCCCCUCUGCAGUCCUUUAGCCUCCUGGAGAAAGGCUGGAAGUUGCCCCUUACAAGGCUGGGCAGAAGAGAAGAAGAUUUCAUCCAGGUCCUGUGAAGAUGGCAGCCUCCCAGGAUCUGUAUGACACCCCUGGGGACAGGCUAGAUGCUUUCGUGAGGCACAGCCUUCAGCCCGAGGGGGAUUGGAAAGAUGAAGUGAAGGACGCCCAGCAGAGAAUCGAGCAGUUUUUGAGGGAUCAGUGUUUCCAUGAUGAGCUGAUUCUGGACAAAGAAGUCAGGGUGCUGAAGGUGGUGAAGGGUGGCUCCACAGGGAAGGGGACGACCCUGAACUACAGCUCCGACCUGGACCUGGUUCUGUUCCUGAGCUGCUUCUCCAGCUUCCAAGACCAGGCACGGCUCCGAGGAGACAUCAUCAGCUUCAUUGAGCAGAAAUUGAUUCACUGUAGCAGAAGCCUAGCCUACAACAUCACUGUGGCCCAGCACAGAGAAGGGACCAGCACCCCUCUGCCAGAGACCAGAGUCCUGAGUGUGACAGAGAUCCACUCCUCUUCUUUCUCCAGACCCAUAAUCCUGGACCCAGCUGACCCCACCAACAACCUGGGAAGGAAAAAAAGAUGGGAUGUGGUGGCCCAAGAGGCUGCUUACUGCCUGAGGCAGGCUUGCUGCACAACUGUAAACCCCCUCGAGGGCUGGCACGUACAGCGAGCAAGGAACAUCCUGGUGACAGUGAAACAGACAGGGAAGAAGGCCUGGACACUAUCAGUGAACCCCUACAACCCCAUCUGGAAAAUGAAGACAGAAAUCAAGAGAGAGUUUGGCUUCAGUGGACAGCAGCGUGUCUCUUUCCAAGAGCCAGGAGGGGACCGGCAACUUCUUAGCAGCCGGCUGACCCUGGCAGAUUAUGGGAUCUUCUCAAACGUGAACGUCCGAGUGAUAGAGACCUUCCCUCCUGAGAUCCAGGUCUUCGUAAAGGAGUCUAGUGGCCAGAGCAAACCUUAUGCCAUUGACCCUAGUGACUCCAUUCGUGACUUGAAAGAGAAGAUUGAAGAAGCUGGAGGACCUUGUGUGGAAAAUCAGAUACUGAAGUUCCAGGGUCGGAAACUGCAGAAUCGUCGCAGCCUGGCAGACCUGCAGAUUGAAGACUGUGACACCAUCAUGCUCAUUAGGAGAAGCCAGGAUUAUGGGCAUUAGGCCAGGACAAACAACCUGUACUGGGGGCCUGUGGUCUGGUUGCCCAUGAGGUAGACUCCUAUGGUCCUGUUCCCUGACCCCGCUCCUCUCUUUCUGAAGCAUAAAUGUGAACGUACCCUUUCCCUUGCUUAGAAUCCUCUGGUGGCUCCCCACUACCUACAGAAUAAAGUUCAAGUUCUUUUCCUUGGCAUUUGA